AUGUCAGAGUCAGAUAAGGUUCCGGAGCCAUUUGUUGGGGAGGAAGAACCAAACGAAUCAUAUAGUGAAGUUUUGGAGGACCAGGGGGAGGUUUCUCAGCUUCCGAUCCUUCUUCAGGAGUCGGAGGAUGAGGAGGAGGUGACUGAAGUUGAACAUCAAGAGGAUCUUAAGGGAUCGGGGGAGGCGUCAUUAGACCAAAGUCAGGCGGAACCAGAGGUGGUGGUAAAGCUGCCAAAAUCGGCAGAAAAUAUUGCUGAGAAGCUCCGAUCUUUGUCGGAGGAAGGUCUGCAGCGUAUGGGUGAUUUUUUGCCCUUUCUUGAGGCGGAAACAAAUGCUAAGAUUGGGCGGGAUGGGUUAAAAGUAGAACUGGAGCGUCUGAAGAAGGAAUCUCAGCAAUAUGCCGAGAAUAUCUCGAGUCAAAGGCGAGUUCUUCAAGCGAUUAUGGCAGAAAAGGAGAAGCUAGAGAGACAAAAACAAGAAUUGGAGGAAAGUCAAGAGACUUUGGAGGUACUUAAAGAAAGGGAGGAGAGCCAAAAUGCGAUUCUAGAAGCUUCUCUGACAAAUCAAUUGGAGAGACAUGCUAGUGUAUUUCAAGGGGCACUGAGCGGUAUCAAUGAGAUUUACUUGGCUGAAGGAUUAGCAGUAACUGCAGUUGCGAGAGCCUUCCCAGCUGGGAAUCUUCAAACGUGGUCGACAGGGUCGACCAAGAUUCAUUUUGGCAGCCCUCAGGCUAUAAAAGAAUGUUGGAUGAAGGAGGCUGUGGAGGCCUCGAAGGAACGUACAAGUAACAAACGUGCGAUUACUGAAUUAUUGAGUAUGUUAAAAGGACCAGAAGUGGUGGGGGGCAAGCGUCCAAGGACCUCCACAAGUGUUGAAGAGAUAGACUUGACAGAAGGGGGAGGAUCCGGGGGAAACAAAGCGAUGGAUCUACAAGUUGCUACAGUGCAGGUGGAAACAAGGAGGUUUGCCCUUCCUAAAGGGACUGUAGCCCGACCUUCGUCGCUGCCAGGAGUGUCGAGUGCAAGUGAUUUUAAGGCAAAUACCGAAGAAGAUUUUCUUGAAAUCCUUGAGCCAUGGAAUACAUACCACCCCUUCAAGGCAAGCUCUUAUGAGCCAGCGGAUCCCUUAACGUACAAGAAGAAUGUAUUUAGGCGGAUGGUGAUCAAUCCGCAUAAAUUAGAAAAAUUUCCUCUUUAUGUACUCCCAGUACCUGAGUGUGUUGUUCAAGAUAUGAAUUAUGGGACUCCGGCACACAAGUUAUCUGGCCCAAAGGUUAAGAGUGAGGGGAAGGGCCCGUUCGUAUUGAUUUUAGGGACGUCGUUAACCGUCCCCUGGAGGCUGGCCCCUGGACAACGGACCUUUUGUGACAACAUCAGGCCUGAGAAGGCGUCAACUCGGCCCAUGUUUGAUUUUGAACAUUUAUUGGAGGGAAGAGGCAUUGAAGUUUUUCAGUACUCGCUGAGUGGCUGGAGUGCCCUGGUGGGUUCUGGACAAGUGGUUAGCCCUGCGGCCAUUAAGAUGAGGGUUUACAGAGAUCUGAAUUUGGAUUCAUCCUUUAAGUUUACCCACAUUUUUGUACGGGCCUUAUAUGGCUAUUACGACGAGUUAAGUAAGGUGUUUAAUGCGCCAGUGUUGGCUUUGGGGGCUUCUGCCCCUCCUGCAUUGGGUCCUGGCUGCAACACGUAUCUUACGGAACCUAUGGACUUGGACGUUCAGGGGGUUCCCCUAAUUCCUUUAAGGUACAAGGGGACCCCAAUUUAUGAUCAAAGGAGCCGGGAUUCGGCGGGACACGCAUUUCAGAUGGCCCUCUAUACGGGGCUACGUACUAAGAUCGGGAAGGUACAGGGAUCCCCUGAUGGGAAGGGUUGGUGGGCAGUGCCAACACCUGUACGCCAUCUAGCAGCAUAUGACAGGACGGAGCGGACGAAUCUAUCAUUUGGGCACAUACAUUCAAGAGCCUACCUAUUCUUUGCCCAGCUGCAUGCAGCAGCAAUUUGCUUUGGACUGGAAUGGACACAGUGCCAAGGAAAAACUUGGGGGGCUUAUGCGUGUGCUGGAAGAUGCCCCCAGUGGUUGGGUGAUGGCAAGGCCAGCCCUGGGAUCCCCCCAGCCCUGCCGCAUUUUCACUGUACGGAUCAUGGGCCUAAGAAUUGUGAGGGCAACGGGCCCUUUCAUAUUAACCCUGCCGUGUUCGGAGCAGGAGGGGAUCCAUUUAAACAAAUGGACGAAGUUCUAAGUGCCAAGAUGUUCUUGGAGGUUUUUUCAGUGGAGUUCUUGGUGUCGGAUCCCAAACAUCUCAGCUCAUCGAGGAUGGUGAUUGGAACAACGGUCAGAGUCAAAGGAUCGCGUCAGAAGAAAUUCAUUAUCUCUAAGGCUGGAGAUUUCGUUUGGCUUGUGGGGGAGGGGGGUUUAGAUUUUGUACACAUCAGGAAUCUAACCAGGUUUUGA